AUGGCAGGAGGAAAUGGGAUGUUGUACCCUAUCAUUGGUUUUGCAUUAUGUGUUGCUUUCAUAUACAUGUCUUUUGGGGACCUGUGGAUUGAUUUUCAUGGGGAAACAAAAUUAAGCUUUGUGGAGAGGAAUGGGACUCAGUUCAUGGUGGAUGGUAAACCUUUUUACAUUAAUGGAUGGAAUUCUUACUGGUUGAUGGACCAUGGUGUGGAUGAAUCCAGCAGAUCCAGGAUCAGUGCAAUGCUGCAAGCUGGUGCCAAGAUGGGCCUCACAGUGUGCAGAACUUGGGCUUUCAAUGAUGGUGGAUACAAUGCUCUCCAAAUUUCCCCUGGUCGAUUCGAUGAAAGAGUAUUCAGAUCCUUAGAUAAUGUAAUUGCAGAAGCAAGAAAGCAUGGAAUAAGGCUGAUACUAAGCUUGGUUAAUAACUUGCAAGCAUAUGGUGGAAAGACUCAGUACGUUCAGUGGGCAUGGGAAGAGGGUGUUGGUUUAAGCGCUUCUAACGAUUCAUUCUUCUACGACCCAUCAAUUUUGCAUUAUUAUAAAAACUAUGUCAAGACAGUGUUGACAAGGAAGAACACAUUCACUGGAAUUGAAUACAGGGACGAUCCGACAAUCUUUGCAUGGGAGUUAAUUAAUGAACCGCGCUGCAUGACUGAUGCUUCUGGUGACACACUCCAAGAUUGGAUAGAAGAAAUGUCGAAUUUUGUGAAAGCAAUUGAUAGGAAGCAUCUGCUGACUGUUGGUCUUGAAGGAUUUUAUGGUCCUAAAAGUCCGAAAAGGUUAACUGUUAAUCCAGAGUUCUGGGCAGCUGAUCUUGGAUCUGAUUUCAUUCGCAACUCAAAGAUAUCAACUGUUGAUUUUGCCUCAGUUCAUAUAUACCCUGACCACUGGUCUCAUAAUCAAGAUUUUGAUUACAAAUUAAAAUUUGUUUCCAAGUGGAUGCUUUCUCACAUUGAAGACGGUGAUAAAGAACUUAAAAAGCCGAUAAUGUUCACUGAAUUUGGAUUGUCGACUGAGAACAAAGAUUUCGAUCCUUCUCAACGAGAUAGAUUCUACAAAGUUAUUCUAGAUAUCGCAUACAAGUCUGCAAAAAAACAGAAGUCUGGGGCAGGAGCUUUCGUCUGGCAGUUCUUGGUUGAGGGGAUGGAAAAGUACAAUGAUGAUUUUGGGAUUGUUCCAUGGGAGAGGCCAUCAGCAUAUCGUUUAUUUACCGAACAAUCUUGCAGGCUGGCAAGAAUUCAAGCAACCACACAGUGUCUUCUUUUGCCGCCACCUAAUGAAAAUGAUGUCUAUGCUGCCACUGAUCACACCACCACCACCAAUGCUGCCGUCCCAUUUGUUGCCAAUAGCAAGCUCUGCACUAAAUUGUUUGUUGUUUUGGUUAGAUCCCACCACAUGCCUUCUUGGCCUUGA